AUGAACCAGCCCUCCGUGCAUCAGCUCUACCAGCGCCUCGAGACUGUCGGAAAAGGCGCAUACGGUUCCGUUCACAAGGGAAGGCAUAUUCCUACAGGAAACAUCGUCGCUCUCAAAAUCAUCGACCUCGACACAGCAGACGAUGAUGUCGACGACAUACAGCGCGAGGUGGCUCUCCUGACACAAUUGCGCGACGCCCCGAACAUCACAAAGUACUACGGGUGCCAUCUGGAUGGUCCGCGCGUAUGGAUUGUCAUGGAGUUUGCCCAAGGAGGAAGUGUAUUCAAUCUAAUGAAGGCCUCCCCAGAAAACUGUCUCGAAGAAAAAUAUGUUGUCAUCAUCGUUCGCGAGGUCCUCCUCGCUCUCAGCUACCUCCAUAAAUCGUCCAUCAUUCAUCGCGAUAUCAAGUCUGCCAAUGUGCUGGUCACUUCCUCGGGCAAGGUCAUGCUAUGUGAUUUUGGUGUUUCAGCGCUUCUCGCGACCACUUCUAGCAAACGGAGCACCCUUAUUGGUACUCCAUAUUGGAUGGCUCCGGAGGUGGUUCAGCCUGUACCUGCAUACGACACCAAGGCGGACAUAUGGAGCCUGGGCAUCAUGAUAUACGAGAUGGUCAAAGGCAGUCCUCCACAUUCGAACAUGGUCGCCGCACGCGCCAUUCAGCUUAUUCCGAAAGUCAAACCACCCCGCCUUGCCGAAACGGAGGGGUCGAAAGACCUUCGAGACUUCAUGACAUUCUGUCUCACAGAAUCUCCAAACGAUGUACGUGAUCUUUCGGACUUUCUCGCUGCUAAUACUCAUUAUUUUCUCAGCGAUUACCUCCCGAGGAGCUAUUGA